CAAGCCUCUGCGGGCGCUCUCUGCGCACCCGGCACUCACAUCCGGGGCUGGCUUUGGCUCCGGGAACCAUAAGCAACCCGGAAAAAAGAGGCGCUGCCGAGCCGCGACGGGAGCUGCUCGCGGCCGGGCCGCCUCCGAGUGUCGCGAGCCAUGUCCGUGGCCCGCCUGCCGAGCUCCGCGCGCCGGCCAGAGACGCAGCUGGGGUGAUGCUAGAAGGAGCCCGGAAUGCCUUAUGUGGAUCGUCAGAACCGAAUCUGUGGGUUCCUGGACAUUGAGGACAAUGAGUCCUGUGGGAAGUUCCUGCGAAGAUAUUUCAUCCUGGAUACCCAGGCCAAUAGCCUUCUGUGGUACAUGGACAAUCCCCAGAACUUGGCUGUGGGGGCCAAAGCAGUGGGAUCUUUGCAGCUGACCUACAUCUCGAAGGUCAGUGUGGCUCCCCCCAAACAAAAGCCAAAAACAUCCCUCUGCUUUGUUAUUAAUGCAUUGUCUCAGCGCUAUGUUUUGCAAGCCAAUGACCAAAAGGACCUGCAGGACUGGGUGGAGGCACUAAAUCGGGCCAGCAAGAUCACGGUUCCAAAGGGUGAAAGUUUCCCUCCAACUGCAGAAGUUGUCAAGAGUCCCUACAGGACUGAGAUCAUUGGUGGGGUGGUUGUGCAGACACCAAUCUCAGUCAAUCAGAAUGGAGGGGAUGGCUCCGAAAGCGGCGAGCCAGCAGUGCAUCCUCUUCUGAAACGGUCCCAGAGUUACAUCCCCAGUACCAAAACGCCAACUGGGCCACCCGUCCUCAAGAGCGGCUACUGUGUCAAGCAGGGGAAUGUGAGGAAGAGCUGGAAACGGCGGUAUUUCACUCUGGAUGACUUUUCCAUCAGUUACUUCAAGUGUGAGCAGGACAAAGAGCCGUUGCGGUCAAUCCUCCUGAAGGAUGUGCUGAAGACUCAUGAAUGUCUGGUGAAAUCUGGUGAUCUUCUAAUGCGGGACAAUCUCUUUGAAAUCACAACGAGCUACAGGACCUUCUAUAUCCAGGCCUAUAGCCCUGAGGACAUGCACAGCUGGAUCAGGGAGAUCAAUGGGGCUGUGCAGGCCCUAAAGAGCUGCCCUAGGGACUUGGUGAGAUCUGUUUCGGUGAACAAGCGCGGAGGCCCCAGCUCAGCCAUGUCUUCCAUUGAGAGGCUGAAGCAUCUGGGAGGGGAGCCCAAGGCCUCCGCCAAAAGCCCGUCAGCCUCAUGCUGGCUGCCUUGGAUGCCGGUGCCGCAGUCGGAAGGGAAGCCACAGCCUGCAGCAGAGCAGAAGGCUGGCCUGCAGAAGGACUCAGAGUUCUCCCCUCUGUUUUCCCAGCGAGAUGCUAGAGCCACGCAGGGCGGGCGUCUCCGGCACAGGUCGGAGCCCCAGAACUUUAAAGAGCAUCCAUUUCCCUUUGACCUGGAUGAUGAGAGCAUCCGGACCUCGGAUGUGUGACUGUGCACUGCAAAGCAGCACCUGUCGAUGUACAGACUAUGUUGAUGCUUCCCUUGUCCUGAUACAUGGAUGUGUUGGGGCAAAUGCUAGCUAGCUUGCACAUGCUUAGGAAGCUGCAGCUGGAGCAGUCACUGUGAUACGAUUACCUUAAAUGCAGGAAGGACAUGAGAUGCAACCUCCAGCCCUGGAGUCAUUCCUUGCACAUUUUCAGUGCAAUGUGGUUCCUUCAUCUCAGAUGCCUUCCCAUGUACCUGUAGUAAAGGAGAGACCACAUUUGCCAAUCAGCUAGAAACCUGGUAUGGGUUGUGUGUGUGUGUGUGUGUGUGUGUGUGUGACUCACUGGAGUCAUCUUGACCUCUUCUGGUAAGGUGCCCAGGUAUACCCCCCUGUUUUUGUAGCAGCACACUGGUGGUCUGGCUUGCAUGCUUCAUCUGCAAAGGAGUUGAAGGCAGCACUCCUAACUUUUGUGUGAGAUGACUUUGAGGGUUCUUCCAUAAUUGUGGCUUUUGAAGAAAUCCCGUGGAACAGUGUUGCACUGUCAGUUUCGAUGUGAAUGUCUAACUCUCUAGCUCUCACAGAAAUGUGUGUGUAACAGAUGCUCUUCAUCUUCAGUGAGCCAUGCAAGAGGUUGGAACAAGAGUUCCUGGAGAGCUUUUCCUGCAGAAGGGAGCAUAGGAAGCUGACUUAUCCUGAGACUUGUCCAUCCAGGAUUUCAGAGAGGGGCAUUUCUCCCACCCCUACCUGGACAUGCCAGGGGUUGAACCUGGGACCUUCUGCAUGCUAGGCAUUUGAUCCAGCACUGAGCCAUAGCCCUUUCCUACACAGCAGCAUCAAAUGCAGUUGCACAGAAGGUUGGGGCAGGGGGCAAAUAAAACAAGGUUAUGGCAGGGAUUCUUCAAACUCUGGUAUGGGGAAAUUCUGGUGGUCUGCAGUGUGUUAAACUGGCUAAAGCUAUGUUUACACUAGCACAGGCAACCUAUGACCCUGUAGAUGUUGGAUUCCAACUCCCAUCAGCCCCAGCCGUGUUCAGUCAAUGGUCAACGAUGAUGGGAGUUGAAGUCCACCAACACCUGGCUGUUCAUUGUUUCCCCACCCCAGAUUUACACAGUGUGCUUUCAGCUGCUGUGUGAGACCAUUAUAAUAAUAGUAAA